UUUUCCGUACCGUCUUCUCGCUACGGAGGGCUGAACAGACCGACGUCUGCGCUCCGUUGGGCCGGUGUGAGACUCUGAUGAGCGCCGCGAGGACAGGAUGCCCGCGAGCGGCGGCGAGUCGCUGAAGCCCAGCGCCUUCAUCCCGGUGUGCACCGCUGUCUGCCUCCUGGUCGGCUCCACCUCCAUGUUCUUCGUCUUUACAUGCCCGUGGCUGGCUGUGACCAUCUGCCCUGCCAUCCCACCAUGCUGCGCUGUCCUUUUUCUUUUCGUGCUUGCCAACUUCACCAUGGCCACCUUCAUGGAUGCCGGGAUUCUCCCUGUAGCUGGCGAGGAUGAAGACAAGGAGGAUGAAUUUCGUGCUCCGUUGUACAAGAACGUGGAUGUGAAGGGCAUCCAGGUGAGGAUGAAGUGGUGUGCAUCGUGCCACUUCUACAGACCUCCGCGCUGCUCCCACUGCAGCGUCUGCGAUCGCUGUGUGGAGGAUUUUGACCAUCACUGUCCAUGGGUGAACAACUGCAUUGGGAGACGAAACUACCGCUACUUCUUCCUGUUUCUCUUGUCUCUCACUGUUCACAUGAUCGUUGUGUUCACCUUUGGCCUCAUUUAUGUCCUGCACCACAUGGAAGAUUUAUGGAAGCUCCAUUGCCUCGUCACUUUGGUAGUGAUCAGUAUAUCUGGCCUGUUUCUGAUACCAGUGCUGGGUCUCACUGGUUUCCACCUGUACCUGGUGUCCAGAGGUCGGACCACAAAUGAACAAGUAACUGGCAAGUUUCAAGGAGGAUUAAACCCUUUUACACGGGGCUGUUGUAGCAACAUGGAGCAUCUUAUCUGCAGUCCCAUUUCACCAAAUUACACAUCGAGGUCCUACAAGAAAGCAGUCAUUCAUGUGCGACCUCCUUUCCUGAGGCCAGAGAUUGACGGGCAGAUGCCGAUGAAAAUAAGGGACAACGGGAUCCAAAGUCUAGCAAUACAGGAUAAGCAAUCCUCGGCUGGAUCCGUCGAGCUGUCAGACAUCAAACAGCUAAAACAUCCGCCACCGCUGCCUCCAAAACCAGAUCGCGGUCUGCUGAAAAGCCAAGUUGCUGCCAUGGAUGAUGUGGGACAUCACACCAAAUCCAUCAUUCCUGUUUCUAUUCCAACUGUGCCACAGCUUCGCCCCGUUCUGGAGGCCAUCUCCAGGGGAUCCUCACCCAUUCCUCCAGAGCAGCUGCUAAAGGCAUCAGAGCAGCAAGGCAACAACAAAGGCCCUGACCUCUGCUCUAACCCCAGAGAAAGCCCUGCGAGAGGCAACCACCAGGCCAGUGUGCCUGUCCAAGCUCCCCUCCUGCCCUCUACAGUCUCCAGCUCUUUACAACUUAACUCUCUGACACUUAGCUCUCGUUCCCUCAACCUAAAACACAGCAGCCGAUAUGCAUCUAAUUGUGCUGCUGGGAGCAUCACUACUUCCAGUAUGUUGGCAAACCAGUCCAGCAGCAGUGGGAAUGGCAAACCCUCCUUUGAUAACCUGAUCAGUCCUGCAGACCCUCAGUUCGUGGCCCAAAGAGGGGCUCCUGCAGUCAGCUACCACUCUCACUUAAUGGCCCAUGGCGCAGAGGGAGCUAUGCAGCGUCCGUCCCCUCACUCUUACAGUCCUGUGUUUAUGGGGGUUACUAGACAAUCUCCCCAACCAAGAGAUUCCACUUCAAGGGAUCCCUCACCUUCUUUACCAGGUUUCCUUCAGAGAGAUUCUUCUCCAGCCUAUCAUGGACUUUUAACAAGAGACCUUCAAUCCCAGAGCAUAGCGACACGAGAUGUGCCCCCUCCAGGUCUGCUGAUGCGAGAUAUGACUUCUCUAGGUUUUCAAGACAACCUUAGAGAUCUUUAUCCACAGGACAUGACACUUCCAAUGUCCGCUGCUGCACGCUAUGACAAUUUUUCAAAAACAAUCAUGGCUUCCAUCCAGGAGAGACGGGAGCAGGAGGAGAGGGCGGGAAAGUUCCACGUCAAUGCCAGAUCCCAGGCGCUCUACGGCCCAGAUGUUGGAAUCUAUGACAUCCCCAGCAGGAGGAGUCUACCACCGGAUAACAUUCGUCCUGCCGGUUCUCGCGGACCAACGCCACCAGCCUACGGCUCCAGAGAGUUCCUGAUGAGCACGGGAAUACUGGGAUAUGGUAUGAGGACCUCGCCUCUCUCCAGUUCUUCCACAUCAUCCUUGACCCGUGGUCCAAAAACCUCCAGCUCCCCUCUGCAGAGCAGCAGCAGCAGCCUGCAGAGCAAGGGCCGCUCUUCGUCUCCUGCUUACGGUCCUCCUGAGAGACACAACCAGGGACCACCAACCUCCACAUCCACUCUGCCCCGUUUGACCUCCACCACCUAUCCCACACCCCCCUACACUUCCUACGCAACUGCAAAGCGCUCGUCACUCCCGUUUUCUUCCGAAGGGAAGGAGUCCUUCCCCCUGGGAGUCCUGAAAUAAGAACAUAUUCCAGGCUUUCAACCCUGCGAAAAAAUCAUCUAUGCAGUGUUUGUCUCAGUUUUCUCAGCUCCAGCUUGUUCGUUUGUUUUGUAAAUAAGAGGCCAUUUGGAGCUUUCUUGUGUGGAAGAAUGUGUGAAAAACAAAAUGCACACAGUGUUGAGCUUGGAAGUAUUUAUACGGCAGGAGAACUUUGAAUCUCAGGAUAUCUGUGCCUCCUCAUUACGGGAAGCACGACUAAAUGAAAGCAGAAGAGCUAAAUAAUAGAUAAAGAUUGAAUUUGAUCUGUUUGUUUGAGUUUUGAUAUUGUAAAACAUUUGUGAAACCAUAUCAUUGAAAUUGUCUUAUACCCUUCA